AUGGGGAACAUAUGUUGUAAAGAAGAACCAGUUGAUUUAUUAAGUGAAGUUCAACUUUCACAUUUUAUCUUAUUACGAUCUGUUGGUAAGGGAGCAUUUGGAAAAGUUAGAGUAGUGCAACAUAAAGGCAACAAGAAAUUAUAUGCUUUAAAAUACAUUAAUAAGGACAAAUGCAUUCAAAUGAAAGCAAUUGAUAAUAUUUUAUCAGAAAGGAAAUUGUUAGAGCACAUCAAUUUUAAUUUAAUUGUCAAUUUACGAUAUGCUUUUCAAGACGAUGAAAACCUUUUUAUGGUACUUGAUUUAAUGUUAGGGGGUGAUCUUCGUUUUCAUCUUGAUCGAUUAGGUACUUUGCCUGAGAAAUACGUUCAAUUUUAUGCUGCCGAAAUUGCCUUGAGCAUAAACUAUCUACAUAAUAAGAAUAUAAUUCAUAGAGAUUUGAAGCCUGAUAAUAUACUCUUGGAUGAAAAGGGACAUGCUCAUUUAUCAGAUUUUAAUAUUGCGGUCGGAAUAAAUCAGAAAAGGAUAAAACCACUAACAGCCAUUGCUGGUAGUCUUGCUUAUAUUUCACCAGAAAUUUUGAAUAAACAGGGAUACUCAUUUUCAGUAGAUUGGUGGUCUCUUGGUAUUGUGAUUUACGAGCUUUUAUAUGGUCAGAGGCCCUUUAAAGCCAAGUCAAAUGAAGAACUACAAAAGUCAAUUAUGUCAGAUCCUAUCGAAUUCCCUAUAGAGCCUAAAGUGUCUCCUGAAGCUGUAAGCUUUAUUCAAGGUUUAUUAAACAGAAAUAUUUCACAACGUCUCGGAGUCGGGGAAUUAGGUCUUCAACAUUUAAAAGCUCAUCCUUGGAUGAAAAAUAUAGAUUGGAAUAUUUUGGCCACAAAAACAAUAAGUGCACCAUUUAUACCUGAUGAAAAAAAAUCGAAUUUUGAUCCAACUCAUGAACUUGAAGAAGUUUUACUGGAAGGAAAUCCGUUGAAAGUUAAAAAAAGAGCAUUUCAGGCAAAGAGAAAUAUAUCAGAUGGUGCUAUAAUUGGUGAAAAACAAGUACUUGAAGAGAAAUUUCUAUCUUAUGAUUACACAAAGCCUGAAUAUUAUUAUAAAAGAGAAAUUCAUUCUUUACCAAAGUUAUCUAUGCCUUCCAGUCGAUGCAAACGAAAAGGAGAACACAAAAGUUCUAUGGAUGAAAAUUUCCCUAUGCUGCAUAAAACACCAUCUUUGUUGACACCUGAGUUUCUUUCAAUAGGCCCAAAUAUGUUGCAUAAACCUCCUACUGCAGCUCAAAAUCCACAUAGUAAAAUCGCCUUUUAAGGAAACCAUCUUAAUAUAAAUUUGCUUCCGUUAUUGUAAUCAAAAAAAAAAUAUUCAUAUACACAUAUCUAACCUUAAUAAACUAUAUUUCCUACAUUUUUAUUAA